UGGCAACUGGUGCUGGCUGUUCAGUCUACGUUUUGGCCUAAACGCGUUUGCUUGGACUUGGCCAGCGCGCAUGAGCCGUCGCCUGCCCAAGGAAAUGAUCGACUAGACCAAGGCAGCCCGAGGCCACGAGAUGCACGAACUGUUUACGAAAGUGCUCGCCAAGCGCGAUUUGUCGAGAGCGGGAGAUCUGUUCUCGGUGCCCGAUGCGGACAUUGUCAACGACAUCACGGAGGUGCUCUGUGAAAUAAAUCCGAUCAUCUCGCACGCGGAUUACGUGAAGAACAACAAUGAUCAGAGCGUGGUGGAGAUCUGCGUGACGCGUGUGCUCUCCUGCAUCCGGGAGACACGCAGCGCGGAGCGCUACUGCGCAGCCCUGGUGGAUUUGCUGAAGACCUGCUUGCUGUGGAACCUGCAGCCAGUGGCUGCCACCAAGGAGGAGCCGCCGCAUGCCAAGAUCGCCGCUGACAUAAUAUCCAGCAUAUUCCUGAACUAUGAUAAAAAAGAACUGAUGAAGAUAGCGCUGCCCAUUGCCGUGCAGUUCCUGCCCAAGGGCAACAAGGAGCUGUCCCGCAACCUGGCCAGCUAUCUGUCCCUGGCUGCCAUUGACUACGCCUACUUGCUGAUAGACAUCAUGGAGCCCAUCAUGGACUCCAUUCUAGCUGGUAACUACGGCCUGCUGCGCGUGCUCUCGCAGGUGUACGAGGUCUCGCCGGAGACGGUGACGCCGCAUGCGCCGCAGCUCAUCCCACUGUUGCCGCAGUGCGACGCCCAGGAGCGCAUGGCUGUCUUCCAGCUGUAUCUGCUCAUUGUGCAGAAGUCGCCGGCGGUGCUGGAGUCGUGUGUGCCGCAGCUGUGCAACUUCCUGCAGGACAGCGACACCUCCAACAUCACCAUGCAGAUCCUGCUCAAGCUGGCGCAGCAUGCGCCCCAUCUGCUGGUCGAGCACUUCGAGCAGCUGCGCCAGGCGGCCAAGGCCAAUCCCAGCACGGUCACACUCUGCGCCCAGAUACUGACCACCGCGGGCAUUGGCAGCAAGGAGACGGCACAGCAGGCUCUGGACUUUGUGCUGGAGCACCUGCCCGCCCAGGCGCUGCUGCAGCAGGAGGCGACGCGCCUGUGCUCCGCCUAUCCGGUGCUCUUCACGGACAAGGUGCUUGCCUGUGUGCGACAGAAGAACGCUGCGCUCAGCUCGCAGCACGAUGUGGGCAACAAGAUCUCUGGCGGCGUCACCAUUGUCAGCCUCAACAGCAGCUCCACCCCCGGCCCCAGCCCCAGCGCCAGCACCAGCACGCAGAUCAAGCCAGCUGCUCCAACUGCCACGCCCCCGAGCAGCAGCAGCAACAACAAUAUUGUUCAGCAGCCAAGCUCCGUUAAUGCCAUGCCCACGCCCAGUGCAGCGCCUGCGCCCACGACGGCCGCAGCAGCAGCAGCAGCACCCGCGGCAGCUGCGCCCGUUGCCAUGCACACGCCCACGCCCACGCCUCCGCACACAGGCUACACGAGGCGCGUGAAGCUGGGCGACUCGCGCAGCACUGGCCGCCUGCAUCCGGCGAGCAACACCCACAGGAGCGUCACGCGCCUCAACGUGGCCAGCGGCUCGGUCGGCGGCCUGCACAAGAGCAUGACGCGGCUGAGCAACUCACAAAUCAAUCAGCAGCCCGGCGGCAGCUCCAAUGGCAAUGUGAUCGUGCAGACAGGUGCCAUGCCCAAGCAGCCAACGUCGCCGGCCAAUCCGCCGGUCACGCCUGUGCCGCCCUUAAGCAACGAUGUGAUCAUCACUGGACACAACAAGCACGGCAUUCCCGUGACCUCGGGCGGAGUGACCGUGACCACGUCGCCGUCCAAGGUGCGCCCGCACUCGCAGGGCCCCUCCACGCUGCUCAACUCCAGCUCGGUGCUGAUGAAGUACAGCACGGACGCACUGAACCAGUCCGUGGGCUCCAUCUCCAUACCACCAUCGGUGGCUGCAUCCACAGCCGCGGUGCAGCAGUCGCAGAACGCCGUCUCCGUGCAUCAUGCGUCGCCAGCUGUGCCGCCAUCGUCCAGCAACGGCAAUGCCAAGUCUGUCAUGAAGCUGCCCGUGAAUGGAAAUAGCGAGGUGAUUGUCUCGGGUCCCACAACCACGACGAAUGUGGCGCCCAGGCGCAGCGACAACACCAGCCGCACUCUGCUCAAUGCCAACAGCGUGAUGGAUCAGCGCAUGAGCACCUUCGAGCCGUACCAGAUCAUGCGCGAUCCCGUGCAGCAGUUCUGCGAAAAGAACUUUGUCUCGAUUAAGUCAUAUAUGGACGAGGUCUCACAGCAUUUGCCGCCGCCCACACGCUGCAGCAUCGAGGUUUCUAAUGAAUUUGCAGAGCGUCGCAAGAAGGUGGCGAAGCUGCACUUCGCCUGCCAGAUUCGUGGUCCGCAUUGCCUGUACUCCAAGACGUGCUUCACGAUGCGCACGCGCAACCCCAAAACCUGGAUACACCUGAUCUUUCUUGAUUUUCAAGUGCGCCAUUUUGUGAAGGAGAAGUGCGUGCUCAGCACUCGUGAGCCGGGCAUCAGCAAUCUGAAGAACAUCUGGCAGAUACUCAAGUGCGAGAAUCGCAGCUUCACCGAACUGGUCACCAGUCAAUUUCCCCAGGUCAAGGACCGGGAGAUUCUUGUGAACGAGCUGCGUCACUCGGGCUUUCUGGAUGUCUUCGAAGUGUCCAAGACGGACAAGUCGAAUCCCAACUGCAAUGAGCUGGAGUAUCAGUGGGGCUGCUUCCUGUGCAAUCAUCCGGACAAGGCGGUUGGCUUCCUCAAUGGCAGCAAUCAGCCCAUGAUCGAGGGCCAGCUCAAGGAGAAGAAGGGCAAGUGGCGACUGUUUAGGCGCUGGCGCACGCGCUACUUUACGCUCUCCGGCGCACAUCUCUCCUGCAAGGGAUCCAGCGGCGGCGAAAGCAUCGAUGUCAAUCAAAUACGCUCCGUGAAGGUUUCGCGUGGCGCUCGCAACAUACCCAAGGCAUUUGAGAUCUUUACUGCCGAUCAGACCCUAAUACUCAAGCCCAAGGACGGCAAGAAUGCCGAGGAGUGGGUGCAGUGCCUCAGCAUUGUCGUUGCCCACUCGCAGGCGCGCGACAAUCCCACUGUGAAGACGAACAGCCUGCCCGCCCGCAGCAUUGGCAGCAGCAAGCCCUCCUUCUAGCUUGCCACGAAACCCAAUCCCCCCCGAACCCAAUCGCAACCUGAACCUACAUUGUGAGAUUAUCUGUAAUUGUAAAGACCACAAACAA